AUGACGAACUCUGAAUUAAACUGGAACGAUAUACCACUCGAUGUAUUGGAAAUAAUUUUUACAAAUCUGAGUCAGGGAGACAGGUUCAGGGCAUCCCUUGUUAGCAAGAACUGGUGCUACGUAUUCAACAACUCAACAGAUUUGUGGAAGAACUUUCGUUUCAGUUUUUUAGAUGAAGACAAGUUAGAAAAUCAAUUGAAAGGCUUGGAAGUUGUUGGAAGACUUAUUCGUAAUCUUCAUAUUGACGUCCAACCUAAAGUGGCAGCUUGUAGGGAGUCGGCUGUAAAUGUAAUUAAUUAUUUUGCUCAGCAGGGCAAACGACAAAUCAGGGUGCUUAGAAUACGGUUUCUUGGCAAUAACCCACUACUAUAUUCAGGAAAUGAGUUCAAUAGAGCUUUGCUUAAUUAUUUUUCAUUGCCAAAAAAUGUUGAAAAAAUGCAAAGCCACUUACGCGAAGUUGAUUUGAGCAAACUGAACAUCAACAUUGAUGGAGAACUGCUUACUGCUCUGUCAAAAAAUCAUAGCAACACACUUCAAAAAUUGUAUAUUCAUAACUGCGUUCUGGUAGAAACUAUCACACCAGAUCACAUGAAAAUUGUCGCCUCCAGAUGUCACCAGCUGACUCAUCUCGGUCUCCAUGGAUACAGCAUUGAUGAUGACGUCGUGUCUGCCCUCAUUUCACCAGCUGAUCGCAAAAAGUUGGAAAGGUUGAUUAUUUUCUGCAGAAGAGACCAGAAAUAUGUUGAUCGAAUCAGUUCAACUGCAUGGGCAAGUUUAGUAGCACAUUCUCCAAAUUUAAGGGUUUGUCUGGGUUUUGACAACACAUGCCCUCUGGACGCCGUAGCAAAGGUAAUGAGGCCUGAAAUACCUGUUAGUGAAUUAUUCUUGGAAACUUAUACAGAUUUAAUUAAAGAAAUCCGCCUAGCCAUCAAACAUUACAAGAACACGUUAACAAAGAUUUCAAUAUGUUGUCCACCUCAGCAUGAUGAUGCCCUUGAUGUCGAAUUGGUCAAUCUUGCUACAAACUGUACUCUCUUAUCAUCUCUGCAUGUCUUUUGCGUCGUAAGCAGGUGUGCCAUUGAAGAAAUUUUAAGACUGAAACCAAUUCUGGUAGAAAGAAAGUCAUACACGUUGGAGUAUUCUACAAAACCUGGUCCUUGGGAACCUGGCAAUGAUUAUACACUUACCCUCUAA